AUGUCUGCGAACACGGCAGACUGGACAGACCCGGACGAAGCUCUGGACCUCAACAACAUAAGGCGAAGCCUCCAGCGGAUGGAAGACUCCAUCAUAUUCAGCCUCAUCGAGCGAUCGCAGUACCGCGUGAACCGGGCCGUGUACCAGCCGAACUACCAGAAGCUCAGCAAGUUCCAUCUGCACCAGCUCAGGAUGUCUGGCUCCGACGGCAGCCUGGGCGACUGGUUCAUAUCGAAACCGAGUGCCUGCACGCGCAGGUUCGGCGCUACUCGCACCCCACGGAGUUCGCCUUCUUCGGGCCGCUGCCCGAGCCCACGCUCGGGGCGGGCGAGCCGGAGGCGAAGGCCCCGAUCCUCGCGCCCGUGCCGCGCGAGGCCGUGA